GUUCUCUCACAUAAAGAAUAUUACGGACAGUCUUUUCACUUCAGUCAAUUUAUCGCUAGGAGUGAAAUCGCACUGACAGUAGACAGCUGUGAAUUAAGUGCAUGUGCCCUCUGUUUAUUUGGAAGGUUUAACAUUUAUUAAUGAACGGUACAACUUUUUAGAUAAUUCAAAAAAUGACUAAACUUUUUUCUGUGAUCUUUCCCGGGUUGUGAUAAAUUAAAAACAGCUUUUAUAAAAUAAGUGAGUUUUCUAAGGCCCAUGGUGAUUGACCUCCCACAAAUUGUACGUAGAAUAGCAAUGAAAGAAAAUAAAUGAAAGAUCCAGAGCAACUGCUCAAAAUGACUGGCAACGGAGGAACUACACCAACUGCAGCCUCCGGAACUGACACAAGCCAUGGAGCCUCGACGUCCAGCUCCUCCGCACAAGGGGGGCACUGUAAGGGGCACCGUAGACAAGAGUCCAUGUAUACAAUGACUGGUCUCUAUUCAGAAACCAUCCCAGAAACGACAGAAAUCGCUGAAACAAAAUGUUCAACGAACUUUUGUCAUGACACAGUUAUUAAAUGCCACAGUAGAAAUCCUUCAGCUAGUUUUGAUAGAGAUAAAGCUGCACAUACCGCGACUUACACUGAAACACCUGUGAUAUUAAAAAAUACAAAAGAAUGCGGCAUUUUCCAAUGCCGGCCUUCGUUUUUACAAAAAUAUGCGGGAAUUAAGUUCUUCGUCUUACUUUUGUCAUUCCUCGUUACCUUACAACAAGCGUUAAGUUCUGGUUAUAUAAAUUCUGUGAUAACAACAAUCGAAAAACGUUUUGAGAUACCAUCGAGUCUAUCGGGUCUGGUGGCAUCAUCGUACGAGAUAGGCAAUGUAAUCACUGUUAUAUUCGUAAGUUAUUUGGGCAGCCGGAGACACAUUCCAGUAUGGAUAGGUGUUGGAGCUGUUAUUAUGGGUAUAGGAUCUUUAAUAUUCAUGGUGCCACAUUUCAUAGCUGAGGAAAACAGUGGCAUAACAGUUAUGAAUACAACUGAAGAAAAUAUGUGCAGAAUCAUCUCCGUACAUGAACAAGAUAUGGGCUUAGGGAGGUUAUCUUCGGGUCUGUCCUCACCUCCUUUAGCACCAAAUAAUAUCAGGGGUGAUAAUUGUAUUCAGGGUACACCUUCAACUACAGGACCAGUAUUGUUGUUUGUUCUUGCACAAUUAUUAUUAGGUUGCGGAGGAUCCCCACUUUUCACCCUCGGUACUACUUACAUAGAUGACCACGUUAGACCAGAAAGUUCAUCAAUUUAUAUAGGUUGUAUGUAUAGUAUGGCAGCUUUCGGUCCAGUUCUUGGAUUUCUACUCGGUGCCUAUUUAUUAUCAUUUCAUAUGGAUUCAUUUACCCACAUUAUAUCAAUAGAUCCUGGUGACAGCAGAUGGGUUGGAAUGUGGUGGGGUGGUUUUCUGCUGUGUGGAUUACUACUAAUUAUAGUUUCUAUUCCUUUUUUCUCUUUUCCUAAAGUACUUACUCAUGAAAAGGAGAAGAUAAAGCUUAUGGAAAAAGCUGCAGCCGCUAAUAACGCUGGCACUAGUUCUACCAACACAAAUAAUUCUGCUAAAAACAAUAAUGCAUCUACUAAGAACGACACGGGUUAUGGCAAAAAAGUUAAAGAUAUUCCAAAGUCAAUGUGGCGACUUGCAAGUAAUCCAGUUUACAUUGUAACUUGUUUAGGUGCCUGUAUGGAACUUGUAAUUGUUUCUGGAUUUGUUGUCUUUUUACCCAAGUAUUUAGAAACUCAAUUUAGUUUAGGAAAAAGUCAAGCAAGUGUUUUUACUGGAUCUAUUGCAAUUCCCGGUGCCUGCAUAGGAAUAUUUAUGGGUGGAGUGAUUCUUAAAAAAAUGGAACUCCGACCCAAGGGGGCUGUACAAUUCGUUCUAAUAUCAAAUGCAGUUUGUCUCCUGUGUUAUGGAUUGUUAUUCUUCUUGGGGUGUGAUAAUUUAAAAAUGGCCGGUACUACCAUACCAUACUUCAACAGUACACAACCAUUUCAAGUCAAUUUAACUUCUUCAUGUAACUUUGGUUGUGAAUGCAGCAUCAAUGAUGUAGAACCUGUAUGUGGAAAUAAUGGAUUAACUUAUUUUAGCCCGUGUCAUGCUGGUUGUACUUCCAUAUUAAGUACAAAUUAUACCAAUUGUGCCUGUAUACAUGGAAAUAUGACAAUUAAAGAUGGUGUAACUUCGUCCAUAAGUAUCACUUCACAGUUAGAAAGUGAAUAUGCAGAAGUUACCGUUGUGCCUGUUGCAACUGCAGGUCCAUGCAAUUCCUCUUGUCAUACCAUAUAUCCAUUUUUGAUAUUAUUAUUCUUUAUGACAUUUAUAGUGGCUGUCACACAAAUGCCUCUACUCAUGAUAGUUUUAAGGUCAGUCAAUGAAGAAGAGCGAUCUUUCGCUCUAGGAAUGCAAUUUGUGAUAUUCAGAUUAUUUGGAUAUAUUCCAGCACCUAUUUUAUUUGGAAAUUUAAUAGACUCGACCUGUCUAUUGUGGAAAAGCACAUGUGGUGAAAAAGGAGGCCGAUGUUUAUUAUAUGAUAUAGAGCAAUUUCGAUAUAGAUAUGUAGGAUUGUGUGCUGGUAUAAAGACUCUAGCUCUUGGAAUAUUUCUAGUUGAUUGGUGGUUAGUUCGACAUCGUAAACAAUUAGAUGAGGAUAAAGCUAUCACCACUAACGAAAUUGUCGGUUCUAUUAUUAGUCUAGAUAAAUUAUUUGAAGAAAAACAUGAAAGCGGACGUCAUACAAGGAACCCAAGUUCUGCUAGUGCCUAUGAAGUUCCCCGAUCUCCAAAGCCCACACCUGAGCGUCAGGAAGCUAAUAAAGAACAUGAAUCAGAUGAUUCUACAAAACAAACACUACCAGAAAAGCAAGAAGAUGCCACACUGGAACAAGAUUCUACAGCCGAAAAUGGAAGUCUGAAACGGCGCCACUUGUAGACUUAAAAGCACCACUUAAAGUUUCAUAUUAACGUAUUUUUUUAUUUUGACACUCUGAUAGUAAUUAAGUAAUGGGAUUAGUCUUUUAAACAAGAAAUGGCGCAUCUGCAUUAAGUGAUAUAUUUUAAAUAGAAUCAUAUUUGCCAGUUUCUAACAGCUAAUAUUUUUAACAUUUUGCAAUUUUGACUCACAUGAUUUUCUCUAUCAUAAACAGGACUAAAAUUCUAGAACAACUACUUUUUUGUUAAUGAAAAGUCUAUUUACUGUAGUGCUACAAAGUUCCAAUCUAAAAACUGAUUUAUUUUGGCAUCAUUGAUAUUUCGACAUUAAUAUGAUUUCUUUAGCAAUUUACUAACUCUUACAAGUGAAAAUUAAUUGGUUCUAUGGAAUAUGAAACUCAAAUAUGCCAUCCCUUCUUAUUAUUCUAAGAAUUUAGUGUUUACAUGGUAUAUUUUUUAACUGGAUAAAAUUCCACCAUUAAUGAAGUUUGAUAUUAACACAGUAUCACUACAUCAACAUUUACUUUUUACAUUUUCGGGUCCUUUGAACCUGAUACGAACCAACGAUUUAUGGAAGCCUAAAAGGACCAGACAGUAUAAUAGUAACUGUUGGUGUACUGGUACUGAAGAGUAUGUUCUAACACUGCUAAUAUUUCUUCCGCUAUUUGAAAGAAGUUUUUACUUUUCCCUUCAAAAGAGUUAGUUAAAUGCGCUUCAUAUCCGUGCAUCUCAGGCACACUCUAAAAAGAUGCCAUUUGAUUUCCAACUAAAUUGAAUUUAAUAUCGAAAUUCACAAUUGGUUGGCAAAAAGAGAACUUUGUCGAUGGAUGUGCCAAUUGUGUAACUUAUCAUUUUCAGUAGGUGAAAAGAAAACUAAUAAUUCCAAUAAUUGUGGAAAAACAAGAAAAAUUCGGGCUGGGAUACUUUGGAUUGUCAUGGCUUGUGUAAGACGCGUGAGAUUAUUUGGGGGUUGCUUUGUUGUUAGAACAACAGUUUGAGAUUUUCAGGUUUUAGUUAAUCAGUAUACAGAAUAAAUAUUUAUUUUUCCGUUUAAACAACACUUUUUAUACAUCAAGAUAUUCCAAAAAUUAAUCGACCUUUACUAAAGAUGAAGGUUACUAGUUGUACUAACAAAAGGUUCUUUCUUUUUAAAUAACGUAUUGCAUAUAAUACUUUUACUUUUGACAUUUUAUUGUUUUUAGUAUAGAAAUUUAAUUUUAAUUUUUGAAAUGGUAUGUUCCAUUUGUCUAAUUUGGAUAUAUUUAUUUUAAUUUUAUAAAGUUAGAGAUAUUUGUUUGAUGAGGGAUUGUGUAAUAAAUGAACCAUGCAAACGCUUACAAGGGUGCCACCUAGUAUGAAGGACUAAUCUAUCAAGUAUCUCAUUUGUUUAAAGUAGUGAACUAGAUUAUUUUAACUUAACUUUAAAUGGACUUAAUUAUAAUUUGAAAGUGAUAUUUGUAAUAAGAUAUUGUUUUAUGUUUUAUUUUUUUCUAAUUUUUUAGGUGUAAUAGUUAUAAAGUUAUUUGUUCUACUUCUAAACAGUGAUAACAUUUCUUAUAGAUUAGGUUCAUCAUUAUGCUAGAGCGAUAUUUUUUUUGUUUUUGAGGCUGGAGGGAUCACAUAGGUCAAUUUAUUAGGCUACGGUAUUAAUAACUGCCUUAAAAGUUAUGCAUGUUAUAAAAUAUUAUAUUUUUAAAUAAAAAGUAAACACUUACAUACAUAUCAAUUUAUUAAUUAUACAAUACAAAUAUAAAAUGUGCACUAUAUAUUAAUUUCAAUGCUUUUUAAAUGAAAUUUAGUGUAUAUCAAUCCCUUCAGUCUGAAAUUAAGCAAGCCACACUAGCUCUUAGUGAAACGGAAUCAAAAACUUAAUCUUAGAUCUUUUAGCCGAAUUACAAUUACAGUUAGCCGAACUAGAUUCUGUCUUUUAAGGUUCUGAUAUUUAAAAAUACUCAUUGUGUUAAAUUUUCUACUUUUUUUAUAUGAUUUGUUCUUAUUUUCAAGACUGUUAUUUUUAUCACUUAGAUAUUUGUAUAACCUAGGGACUAGAUAUAUUUUUCAGAUCGCACCUGAUUAUUUUUUCAUUUUAUCAAACUACAUUGCGAUAAACAAUAUUUUUUGUAUCAAAUCGUUUAUUUGCUUGGAAAUAAAUAUUAUAACAAAAUUCGAAAAUACAGAUUUUUCCUAAUUUCAUUUACCAUAUUAUAAUUUUUAUAUGUUCAAAGUUUAUCUAAUUUCAUAAAUUUAAAUUAACUACUCGUGUUUUUAUACAUUUAUUUCAAAACUUUUUGGUCAAAUUUGUAUUUGAUUAUUAAUAUUGAAUACAGUAAAAAUGUAUAGCAAUUUCCUUAUAGUUGCAAAUAUAUUGUUUAUUGAAGGUUUCUUAAUGUAUUAACUUCAGCUUUUUCUUUUGUUUCUAACUGAAUAAAAUCUUAUUGUUUUAUAUUAAUUUCCAUUAAAGGUUUUUCUCUA